AUGAUUAAUCAACCCAGAAAAAGUAAUCUCAAAUCACUGCAUAAAACUGCACAUUCAGACAACUGUAUCCAUAAAGAGGAAGACAGGCAGACGGGUCACGGGUGGCUGAAAUCCCUCGGGAAUUGCAAAACUCUUUCUGCCAGAACUGUUCCCCAUCCUGCAGUAAUUUCACUUCAUCAGAUCUCUGCAACAAGACAAGCAAAGCUCGAGCUUCCUUCGCCUUCAACUGAUACUGAAAUCAUGUCUGUUGAUGGGUUUUCCAUUGCCAACAUGUUUCCUCAAGAACCAGAGACAAACCCUAUCCCUCAAUCAAAUUCAAACCCUACUGCAAAGAAGAAGAGAUUACCAGGAAACCCAGAUCCAGAUGCUCAAGUUAUUGCUCUUUCACCGACAACACUCAUGACCACUAACAGAUUCAUCUGUGAAAUUUGUAACAAAGGCUUCAGAAGGGACCAAAAUUUGCAGCUUCACAGAAGAGGACACAAUCUUCCAUGGAAGCUUAAGCAAAGGGCGAACAAAGAUCAGAUAAUAAAGAAGGUUUACGUAUGCCCAGAAAAGACUUGUGUUCACCAUGAUCCGUCCCGAGCUCUCGGCGACCUCACCGGCAUCAAGAAGCAUUUCAGCAGGAAGCAUGGUGAAAAGAAAUGGAAAUGUGAAAAAUGUUCCAAAAAAUAUGCAGUACAAUCAGACUGGAAAGCUCAUUCUAAGACUUGUGGGACUAGAGAAUACAAAUGUGACUGUGGUACACUCUUUUCCAGGAAAGAUAGUUUCAUCACACAUAGAGCUUUCUGUGAUGCCUUAGGAGAAGAGAGUGCAAGAUCAAUGAUUACUGUUUCAGCUAACAAUUUGAACUUCAGAAAUGAUAAUCUAAAUGGUACAAUGAUGAACCCUAAUUUUCCUCAUGGGUUCAAUGUUUCCACUGGAAUUUCUCAAGCUGAAGCUGUUUUCAAGUCAGAUUAUAAUGAUGUGAUUUCUGGGAAUUCUCUUGUUGGAGAUCAACAGAAGCCAAGACUAUCACUUUGGUUGGAUCAAGCUAAUUCUCAUCAGCUCAGUUUCAUAGACAUGAAUUGCAAUUCAAGUCUUUUCAUUCCUUCAAGUUCAACUGGUUUACCAGAUAUGCCUCAAAUGACAUCUUCAUUGGGAAAUUAUGCGUUGCCACAUCGACAAGGCCUAAUGGAGGAGGAAGUAAUUGGCAAAAGGAGUACAAUGGAUCAAAGCCUUGCUUCUCUAUACUCAGAUAAUAAAAAACACCAGUCGAAUUCUUCGGCAUCAAUGUCAGCUACUGCACUUCUGCAGAAGGCAGCGCAGAUGGGCUCUACCAAAAGCAGUCCAACAUUCUUUGGCAAUGCAUUUGGGGUGUUAAACUCUUCAUCUUCUUCUUCAUCUAAUUCCCCGAAUGCUAAUUCUUUAGCUCAAAAUAGAAGUGAACUGCACCAGGUUUUUGGCGAACAGCCCAAGAAUUUAAGCGGCAAAGCUAGAGAUUCAAUGAUGGGAGGAUCAAAUUUGACGCAAACAAGUGCAACACAAAGCCAAGCAUUUUCAAUAAACUUGAAUGGUGUGGAGCACAGUCUCACCAGGGAUUUCCUUGGCAUGGGAGGUGAAGGUGGCAAUCCAUUCUUGCCAGAACAACUGGCUAAAUUUGCUUCAAUGAGUUCUGCAAUGGGGUUGAGCCAAUUCACUAGCAAUCACUAG